CAACACCCGAAAUUUUCAAGAGAGAGGAUGAAUCAAGUAAGAAUUCGUUGCAAGACCAUGGAACAAAUAAGUCGGCGGGAACAACCGAAAAUUUGUCGAAGAUGGCCAGCAGGAAUAAGAGGAAACGCGAGUUAGCGAAGAAAAAGAAAGAAACAUCGUCAACCACCGUCGAAGAGAAUACUGAAAUUCCUGCGAAUGCUCAGUCUGUAAUAAUAAACAAUGGAGCUCAGGUUGAUAAGGAUGACAAGACUACUAAGUCGGAGUCAAUUUCUGAGGCGACAUCGAGUUUAUCCGAAAAUGAUAAAAAGAUCCGAAAUUUAACAAAGAAAUUGCGUCAAAUCGAAGAACUUAAGGAGAGGCAACAAAGCGGAGAUAAGUUAGAGCAAACACAGUUGCAAAAAAUUGCGAACGAAGCGUCGUUACGUAAGGAACUUGAAAUGCUAAGACUUUGA